AUGCUGAAGGUUGGGGGCUGGCUCAAGGGCCAUAGUCCUGUGCACACAAGCAAGAGCCUGAACGCUCUGGAUGAGCUUGCCCAAUCCGUCACCCAUAUCAUGGCCGAUGAUGUGGAGACUGCAGAGGCGAAUCUCAGUAAAGGCACUUCGCCGUUUCACCAAUUGGGCGUAGGAGUAUGUACUUUCAUGAGGGCUACCCUAGGUUUCGAACAGGAAACCAUGCGUGAAGCGGCCAACACUCUUUACCAAGCCGAAAAUGCCGCCUACGAACAGCAGCGACGAGUUACCAAAGAUCCCAACGCCUACCGCUCACCGAUUUACCCUCCAGGGACUGAAUACGCGAUUUGCCAGGCAGAGGCUCAACUGAUGAGCGCUAUUGUGGGUGUUCUGAAUGAAAGCUUGACGGAGGCGAUCAAGAGUUUCUACAAGCUGAGGAAGGCAUAUCUGGCAUUAGAGGCUGUAAUGGAGAACGAGAAGAAUUUCUUGAAGGAGAGGAGCGUGAGCAGUGUCAAUUCUGUGGACUCAAAGGCUCCAUCAAAGGCCGACUCAGUUCGGUCGAACAAGGCUAAAAAUCCCGCUGGAGUAUCUGCUCCAGCAUCGACCAAUAGCCCCAAGCGGAAUCAGGAGGUGGGAGCUCCAGCGGGUUCAAAAGAAACAGCAGAGGCUCCACAACAGACUUCUGGCUCCAGUAGUGAUGAUGAUUUCGACUUUGUAGAUGCGGAACCGGAUCGUCCGGGGAACGAGACACCCUUGGAAUAUACAGGCCAUUUGAACAUCGCAACAGCCCAGGGUGGAUCCAUCGCACUUGACACCGAGCAACGAAAGUUAGGUACAGAGGCUAACACUGCACCUAAUCUUCCACCGCCCAAUGAGAAGCCAUCCGAAUCUGUACCCCAAGUCAUUGAAGACUUUGAACAGCUCACGUUGAACGGCUUGGGCGGUCUGGAAGCGGAUAUCGCUACAUUCAGCGACCACCCUGUAGACCAGUUCAUACUUUCAGGGUCUAAUUUCUGCUUCGGUAUGCUCCUACUACUUCUCUCCUUCGUACCACCUUCUUUCGCCUCCUUGCUCAAGAUUGUGGGCUUCAAAGGUGACAGAGACCGUGGUAUGGCAUUGCUUUGGCAAGCGACCAAGUUCCACAACAUCCACGGUGCAAUGGCCGGUGCAGUACUUUUGGGUUACCUCAAUGGCUUCACGAGCUUUUGCGAUAUCUUCCCCAGCUCAGACGAUGGAUCAUAUUCCAAGGAGCGAUGCGUGGCUUUAUUGAAGUACAUGCGUGGGCGGUAUCCCAAGAGCCACAUCUACCUGAUCGAGGAAGCCCGUAUGCUAGCUGUCGACAAACAGUUGGAGAGUUCCAUCAAGUUUGUGGAAAACGCAGGUGAAUCACCCCUCAAGCAGCUCGAAGCACUUGGCUGGUUCGAGCGGAGUCUGAAUAACAUGUACAUUCACGACUACGAGAAGACCGCAUUCGCCUUUCAAAAGUGCAUUACGCUCAAUAACUGGAGUCAUGGGCUUUAUUACUUCAUCUGCGGUGCAUCCUACGUCGAGCUCUACAGACGUAAUAAGAACGCAGAUCCAACGGCGGCGAAGAAGCACGCGGCAGAGGCAGAGAAAUUCUUCAAGCUCGUCGUACCCAAUACUGGAAAGAAGAAGUUUAUGGCGCGCCAGCUACCUUUCGACGUCUUCGUCAUCCGCAAGAUCCAGAAGUGGGAGGCCCGCGCCAAGGAAUGGAAAUGUGACUUCAUUGAUGCAAUCGGUGUCUCCCCACUAGAAGAGAUGAUAUACUUUUGGAACGGGUACAAGAGAAUGCGCAUAGACCAUCUCGAAGUCUCCCUUCAGAACCUGGCUUGGAGCGAAUCCGCCGCCAAUCCCUUCUGGGAAAAAGAAAGUCAAGACGAGCACGCCAUCCUAACAGUCUUGCGUGCUGCUACGCUCCGAAACAUGGGUAGAACCGCCGAGGCCAAAGCAUUGUUGGAGAAGGACAUUCUGCCAAUUGAUAGGACGCUACUGAAGGGCAAUCUGAAGGAUAACUGGACCGCGCCUUGUGCGCGUUACGAAAUGGCUGCGAAUCUGUGGCGUGAGGCGGAUGCAGAUGGGGAUUCAGAAGCGCAUAUGAAGACAUUGAAUCAGUGCAAAGAUUGGCUAGAGGAGGUGACGAGGUGGGAGGCGUAUGAUUUGGAUGCGAGAAUCGGUAUGAAGAUCACGACUGCUUGCGGGAUCAUGCCUCCUCUUGAUCAAGUUUACAGCAGUGGAUUGCGAAUCUGCUGUGGAAUGUAUAUGUACAUUGCAAGCCAUACUAGCCCCCAAAUUUGUCGGACACAGCUUAUUUCAACAGAGCGCAUCCCCAUCUACGCACUUGCCUCUUCUGCCACUUUCGCCAUACUACUCGCUGGCCAUUUUCUCUGCCUGAAUACACGUAAAUCGCGGCAAUGUCCGCCGUUGGUCUCACCAAAAACGCCACCGUUUUCUGUCCCCGAGAUGGUUCCAUAUGCUUUGAUGGCAGCAGAUGACACUGGGCAGUUGCCAGACCCGGCGUGUCCGAUUGGUGCCAAUUCUUACACUUGUUCCAUCAGAGGGCUGGCCUUUUUUGGAUGUUGUGCCAGUAAUGCAUGCAACCCAGGUGGGUGUCCUCCUUCAGAUGUCAGAUCGGCCUUCCUGGAGCAACCGCACGAAUUAGAGACCUUUCUCCGUGCUUCGCAGCCUCCUUUGCCCGAAAUAUCCGCUGGAUUGGUAGCAGAUGGACCGCCGAAAAUCUUGCCUGUCCCUCACAAAGGUUCAGAAAAUGGGCAUCUCCCAGCCUGGAUCGUUGUGGGCCUGUGCAUGGGCCUCCUUUUGAUUCUUCCUAUAGUACUGGGCAUAUGGAUUUGCGUUCGACAUAGGUUCGGUGACGAGAGGGAUCACUCGAAAAGCGCGGAAUGGAUUUCUUUGCCGUCAUAUCCAGAAAAUGGUAAAUCAGGAGAGGCACAAGACAGCAAAACUCGACGGCCGUACACUGUAUCAAAAGAUAUUUCUCGAAUAGGCCACAUGACGCUUGGGGUGGUGUUAGCGAGUGGACUCGUCACUCUCGGUGUCUCUGGAUUUCUUAGUUUUCUGUGGUUUGGGGACAGUUAUAAUACCAGCUGGCAUAAUAUCCUGCUGAGUAACUGGGCAACGAGAGCUGUUUCCAUCUCCGCUUUACUAUUAAGGACAUCGGCGGACUUUCAGGCGGCCAUUGCAUGCAGCAUAAUUGUCUCGUUACUUUUGGAGUCCCGGACUGGAGUACACAUACCUCAUCUGGCCAGCCUUUCCCCCCUGCGUACAGGAUCAGCGAGCCCUGGGACUUUGGUCUGGUUCUUGAUGCGAGAUUUUUGGCGUGCAACUAGGAAACACGCACGAAGUCAAGUGUGGGGAAUGAUUUCAUGUGGUCUACUUUUUACCACAGCCGUCCUCCAAUUCUCAUCUACUCUGCUUCUGACAGAUUUGAAACCCGGUGUUCUUGGUGGCCAGACCGUCAGGGCUCAAGUGAGAAAUGGCCUUUCGUAUAGAGAUGUAACUCGGAGAAUUAAGAGAGACUCGGCCUGGACAACAAAUCCUCCGUUCUAUCCCUCCUUUGGGGAAUACUGGGAAUCAGGCCAGGGCUAUGAAAGCGGUAUUGACGACACCGGAGUCCUCCUACGAACACUUCUUCCGUACGCCACCGUGGAAUCUCGGCAGAACUUGCGCUCUUACCUCGGCAAGGCUCUCGUUCUGGACGCGAGAGUCUCCUGUCAAGCCCCAGGCAUCACGCUGGGAAACGACACUGGGCAUUUUGACAUGUUGACGGGCGGGGUGAAUGCAAGCAAAAACGCAUCUUUGCUACAAGAGAUUACAGCAGCAACUUUCUCCUGUGCCAUUGCCGGGCCAAACGAUUACACGCUAUGCCAAAUUGGCAGAACAUAUCCUUGGUUCAUGGGGUCGCUCAAAAGUCAGUUUGAAGACUCGACAAGUUUUGGGACUGCGUUCCUCGUCAUCAAGGGAACAGGCGGAACAUUGCCGUCCAAGUCUGAUGACGGGUCAAGACUAGAUUGGUACCGCGAUCCUGGGGAAGAGUGGCUCAAUGUUCAGUUCGCCAAUGGUACAGGUACAGGCGCAUCUCUAUCACUGUGCUUUGCCCCCUGGGAUGCAUCCAUCCUGGAUGUUGAGCUUUCCAGUACAUCGAAUCGAACGGAGCCAUUGAUUCAAUGGUGGGAAACGUUCAAAACCUCGGACAUUUUAAACCAUCUGCUACCUCAACGGCGGGCAAAACGCCAGAUACUUGAGAUGGCCAAGCCGCACAGCUUCCGUGGCGAUCUGCCACCCAAAGAGGAGCGCCCACUCGUACAGAGCGACGCAUCAGGUAGUUCUGCCGCGGGGUACGGGGCCAACACGCCGCUGCCAGAGAACUGGAGUAUCUUCCUGAACGGUCAACCUCUGAUUACUACGCUCAAUAACUUUUCAGAGGCGCCGACACAAACCAUUGCCGCGGACCCGGCACUGGCAGCCAUUUUUGUAAACACCAUGGAGUCUACAGGAUCGGUGGCUUGGUCGCUAUCCUCUCUGAUUACAGUGCUGUCCAUGUCGAAUUACUACAGCCAACAGCCUGCCUUUGAUCGUCUGGAUAAUGUCACCACAUCAUUCUUCACCACCGUUUUCUACCCUCAAACGAGACUUGGGCUGAUGCUGCUCAUGUGGACCUUGGUUGCACAUCUUCUCAUCGUGGUGGUGCUGGUCAUAUUGUUCAUCCAGAAGACACACCUGACACUGCUCGGCAAUGCCUGGUCCAUGUUUCUGCAAAUGGCCAACUCGAGAGACUUGAUGGCGUCGCUCAAGGAUAUGGAGCAAAAGACGGAUGCUAUGGUUCAGGAAGAGAUGCAACAGACCGACAUUGCAGGGUUGAGAGCGCGGAUUGAUAGGAGGGGGGAUGGAGUCGAGGUGGUGUUGUCAUAG